AUGGAACCACCCAAGGUGCAGCAGCCAGGCGAAGGAGGCCUCAACGUCACCCUCACCAUCAGGCUCCUGAUGCACGGCAAGGUACAGUUCCAAUACUCUCAGAUAGUUUCCUUUACUUUGGUUCCAAUACCCUCAUAUGGCUUCCUUUCGUUAUCUCCUUAUCUCCUUCACGACCACCGUUGGCUAUCAAGUGUUUUUAGAUCUGUGGUUGUGAGGGAGACAAGGAGAGGUCGCUAUUCAAGGUUUUUGGGAUAGUUUCUGUCAUGUAUUGAAUUGGACGUUGAUGCUAACUAUUGUUGAACCUCUGUCUCUUUGCAGGAGGUUGGAAGCAUCAUUGGAAAGGUAACUAUCAUGUUCAUAAACACAUCACAAUCAUAUGAAUAUUACAAACUGUUUUAAGAUGAGUAUUCUAAACAAAAUCUCUCCGAUGUUUUAACUGCUAUCUGUCUGUUGUCUGUCUGUUGUCUGUCUGUUGUCUGUCUGUUGUCUGUCUGUUGUCUGUCUUUUCAGAAAGGAGAGACAGUGAAGAAGAUGCGUGAAGAGGUAAGCGCAGUAUGUAUCCCAUAAUGCACCUUACCCAGUUUAAGUAUGCAUGGUAAAUGGAUAGUAUUUUAUUUAAUACUUAAUGAUCUACUUUAUUUCUAUAACUGUGUCUACUGUUUGAUCCACAGAGCGGUGCACGUAUCAACAUCUCUGAGGGAAACUGCCCAGAGCGGAUAGUUACCAUCACCGGACCCACAGAUGCCAUCUUCAAGGCCUUCGCCAUGAUCGCAUACAAGUUCGAAGAGGUAUCUAGCAUACAUAUUUCCCUCGAUCUCCUCUUGGUCAUGCUUAAAUGUACAAUGUUACCUGUUAAACCAGGUAUUUUAAUACAAUACUUUUAUACUAAUAUGAUCUUUAUGAUUUCUUCCCAGGAUAUAAUCAACUCCAUGAGCAACAGUCCAGCCACCAGCAAGCCUCCUGUCACCCUGCGUCUGGUGGUCCCAGCCAGCCAAUGUGGCUCCCUCAUAGGGAAAGGAGGCUCCAAGAUCAAAGAAAUGAGAGAGGUAGAAAAUUGCAUAAUUAGUGAUAAUGAUUGAUUGAAUUUGCUUGACAAUUUAUUAGUUAGUUAAUGAUUAAUUGGCAAAAAAUACAUAUACAGCCAGUACAUUCUUUUUACUAUUGAUAACAGUAGUUUGUAGAGGAAUCAUUCCUAUCCGGAUUGAGGACCAGCUAUUUUUCAUUGCACCUUCCACAGUACACAUGCUUAAUAACAGUCCUCCCACUUCAGUCCACAGGUGCUCAGGUACAGGUAGCAGGGGACAUGCUGCCCAACUCCACUGAACGAGCAGUCACCAUCUCAGGGGCCCCGGAAGCCAUUAUCCAGUGUGUCAAGCAGAUCUGUGUGGUCAUGCUAGAGGUAGAGUAUGGAGGGAUGAAGGAGGAGGGUCUGAUUCAGUCCACCCAGAAAUACACAGGAAAAAUACAUUCACACAGACCUUAGGAAUCAGCUAGAACAUACAACGUGGAUGUACAAUUGUUUUUACCAUCUCGAACAUCUAAGGGAGGAAUUAGGAUCUUGGUCGGUAUAGACCAUGGGACAAAAUGAUUAUGACAAUGUUGUAGAUGAUGACUUCCCAGGUUGCAAUGAAAUAGCCUACCUAUGAGGUAAAAUAAUGUGAUUUCAGUUGUCAGUGUGCUCUAUACACAACACCUAUUUUAUGUCGCUGCAUGCAUCCACAGUAAAGAACAACAGUGUGAUGUAGUGAGUGUCACAGACUGUCUUCUCCCAAGGCACUGUCCCUCAGUCUACAAAACCUCUUCCUGGAGGAGAGGAGAGGAGGAGAGGAGAGGAGCGAGGGAGAGGAGGAGGGAGAGGAGAGGAGAGGCGGGAGAGGAGAGGGAGGGAGGGGAGAGGAGAGGAGAGGAAGAGAGCGAGCGAAGAGAGAGCGCGAGAGAGAGCGAGGCGAUAGGAGGGAGCGGCGAGGAGGGAGCGGAGAGGCGGGAGAGUAGAGUAGAGGCGGGCGGUAUAGGAUCGAGCGAGGCUGGCAUGUAUCGCUGGGCGGUGCGGUUAGUUCUAGCAUUCGAGUAUCUUAUCGUCUCUAGGAGGCGAGCUCUUCUCUGAUAAUCUCUCUUCUCUCUCUCUCUUCUCUCUCUCUCUCUCUCUCUCUCUCUCUCUCUCUCUCUCUCUCUCUCUCUCUCUCUUUACUUUAUCCCCCACCCCACUGCUCUAACACUCUCUCUUCCCCUCUUCCCCUCUCCUCCCUCUCCUCAGUCCCCACCGAAAGGUGCCACUAUCCCCUACCGCCCCAAGCCUGCCUCCACCCCCAUCAUUUUUUCAGGUGGCCAGGUAAGAGCCGACCCGCUGGGGGCCUCCACCGCCAACCUCAGCCUCUUACUGCAGCACCAGCCACUGCCUGUUAGUGUCACUUCCAGGUUUUAUCACUCAUCUCCUCACCACCACCACUGCCUCUGCUAGCAUGAUAUCAUCACCACUACCACCAUCAGAACUGGGCUAGCUGCCAUUUCAGCGCCAGUUGACUCAGGACUUCAUCCUAAACAUAUAUAUAUAUUAUUUAUUUAAAAAACUAUACAAAUCUAAUUUGAUGUUGGAUGGAGUUUCUGUGCUGGCUGGUGUUGAAAUGGAAUUCAGCCCAGUUCUGACCCCAUUACCACGCUGUGAACCCCGAUGAGCACACAUCAAUUAGGUCCAAUCACAUUCCCCUGACAGGGGGUCCUCGACUCCUUCCUCCAAUCACAUCUCUCCCCAACCCUCACCGUAGCCACUCCCACCUGGCUGUUCUCAGCCAGUGAAGUUAACCUGAACCUGAUUGAUGUGAGGGGUGAAGAACUAGAGAGGGAGUCUAGAGGACAAUGGAGGACCUUGCAACAUGAUUAAAGAGAGCAGUUAUUAUUGUAAAUAAAAUUAAAAUAAAAGAGGUUGUAAGCCUACCACUUUGUUUCUUUCAAACAAUUAACAUCGCCCUACUACCCAAGAAAAAGAUCUGUAACAUGUUUAGUACGUCAGCAAAGUAUUUGUGUGCAAGCUCCCAUUGUUUGUCCAACUCCCUCCAAACAGAUAUUAUAUCACAUUUCUUUAUCAAUAAUUGCCUGUAGUAUGGCAUUAUCUCAAGUUUCACAAAUGGUGACUUGAAAAAAUGGAGCCACAUAAGUGGUCAGAGACUGAAGUAGACAGUUAUGUUCAAUAUUCAACUCAAUACAAGGGAUAUGAUAUCUGAACUGUUUUUCAAGGUUGCUCAUAGAUCUUUUUUUGCUAGCGCUGUAUGUUUAAUUUUGACAUGAAUUUAACUUGAUUGCCAUAAGAGAUGAUACUAAGUAAGACAGGGUUGGGGCUCUAUUCCAUUUCAAUUCCAGUCAAUUCAGGAAGUACACUGAAAUUCCAAUUUCCAAUGCUUUUCAAUGAGGGAAAUGUAGAAUUGGACUUUGGUUUACUUUCUGCAUUGACUGGAAUUGAAAUGGAAUUGAACCAACCCUGCUAAGAGAAUACUGAAAGAGUUGUCAAGUGACUAGAAUCAGUGAAUAUGACUCUGAUAGAUGUGGGCUCAUGGAUGUAGACUACUACUGCCCCUAGUGGAGGUAUAGUGGAAGUACAUGGACUAGGACUUUCCCAAACUCAGUCCUCGGGACCCCAAGAAUGGCACGUUUUGAUUUUUGUCCUAGCACUACACAGAUGAUUUAAAUAAUAAACGAAUCAUCCAGCGUUGAUCAUUUGAAUCAGCUGUGUAGUGUUAGGGCAAAAAUCAAAAUGUGCACCCCUUGAGGUCCCAAGGACCGAGUUUGGGGAAACGCUGACUUAGCCGCUUCCAUCAGAAGAUUCUAAUAGCGUUGUAUGUUUCUCCCUCCUCUCCUUCCAGGCUUACACCAUUCAGGGACAAUACGCCAUCCCUCACCCUGAUGUGAGUUCUGAUCCCAUGAUACAGUCUUCUCUCUACGCUCUAGUCUCUCUGUCCAAUCCUAUUAAUAUUAACCCAUAAUAUUAAUACUACCAAUUCUGAAAAGUAAUUUCUGUCUCUUUCAAAUCUGAAAUUACUCAUAACCUCUGUCCUCCAUUUGGAGCCAAACUUCAUAGAACUUGGCCUGUAGAAAAACUAGCAGAGGGAUACAGAAAUAAAACAGUUAUUUCCUUAUCCGUCACUCAGAAUAAUAAGGAUACCGGUUGCUCAAGUGAGGAACGUGAAAAUUAAGUCGUACUAAUGCAAUAUUUCUUCAGGGAGGAGGAGGUCAAUUUCAAGGAAUACCUCAACGUAGUCAAAUGGACAUGGUAUGUUUUAUAACGCCACAUUGGGUCCAAGUGUUUCAGACACAGACAUCCAUGAACAAAAUUUCACAUGGCACCAUCCAAACACACAGAGACAUUCUUUCUUCACCGACUCGGGCCAAGUCCUCUAUGAGUUUCCUUUUCUCUUCCUCUCUCUCUCUCUCUCUCUCUCUCUCUCUCUCUCCUCCUCCUAUAUGUGUCACUGCUUCUCCUGAAUCCUGUCUUUCUUCUUGUAGUGUUUCUUGGUGACAGACCUGACCUGUGUGUGUGUGUGUGUUUUAACGAUGCCCUCAUAGCUCUGCUGUCCCUCCUACCCCCCUCAGCAGUUGACCAAGCUCCACCAGUUGGCUAUGCAGCAAACCCCCUUUAAUCCCCUUGGACAGACCACCCCUGCCUUCCCCGGUACGUACCCACCUACACGAGAACCACCCUCUACCAAAUCUCCUUCUCUUUUUUACCUGUAGAGACACACACACACACUUCCUCCUCUUUCUCUCUCUCUUCCUCUAUCUGUCUUCUUUGUUCUUUCUCUUCCUGUCGUUCUUUGUGCGCUUCCAGUGACAUGGCCACCUGGUGGUUGCUCUUGUUGACGUUUAUGUUUUAUUUGUAGUUUAUAAAAUAUAUAUAUAUAUAUUUUCUUAAUUUGCUUUUGUAGCGCCUUGAAGAUUUUGGUCCUUCCAAGUUAGUUUUAUCUGGGUCAGCGGGUAAAUCUCCUCUGGUUUGAGAAUGAACCCCCUUUUCAAGAGAGAAGGAGAAGCCACAGCCUGCUCUCUCAAGACCUCUGCAGAAGCAACUCCAAUCAGGGUUCCGGCUAUAGGUCACCAAAGCUAACUGUCACUCACAGCGGACGUCACCCUCCCGUGCAAAACUCUAUUUUAUGCCGUGUCCCCCCUCUCUCUCUUUCUCUCUCUCUCACCCAUAUAGCAGGUCUGGAUGCCAGUAACCAGGCCAGUACUCAUGAACUCACCAUUCCCAAUGAUGUGAGUAUGGGGACCAUGGAGCUUUUCAUUUUACAUUUGUCAUCUAUUGCCAUGUAAGGGAAUGGGGAAGGGGAUUUGACUAAUAGUCACUAAAUAGUUGAACAAAAAUGUACCACCAUGGAUAUAUUUGUAAAAAGAGACAAAUAGAAGAAAGGGGUCAGUGUGUCAUGGUGCGUGUGACUUUGUAUGCAUUCCGUUCAGACUUUGCUAUUCCCCUGUUUUAAGUCCUUCCGCCUCUUCUUCCCAGCUAAUAGGCUGCAUAAUCGGGCGCCAGGGAACCAAAAUCAACGAGAUCCGUCAGAUGUCUGGGGCGCAGAUCAAAAUUGCUAACGCCAUGGAAGGGUCAUCGGAGCGCCAGAUCACCAUCACAGGAACCCCCGCCAACAUCAGUCUGGCACAGUACCUCAUCAACGCAAGGUCAGAGUCCUGACACACACACACACACACAUAACGAUUGACAAAGGGGUCAAUAGUUCACCUGUUGUCCUUGGGGGAUAAUCUGUUUGUCUGUUUGUUGUUAUUACAUUAUCUUCAGGUGAAGUAUUUGACAGAAACAAAUAUGUACUCUCUUUCCCAUCAUGCCCUGUGGCAGGUUCAGAGACGUGGCGGCCAUGUGGAAUGACCCAUCCUCCAUGACGACAUCCUGAGGACCCAGCCUGGCCGGCCUCCACUCACUCUGCUCCUCUCCCUCCAUCUCCUGACCACUGAAGACAUGAUGUUCCUACCGAACUCCUGAUGAUGAUGCCCUCUAGACUAAUGGAUCUGGCUCUGAUAAGAACUCCCUCGACCCUCCAGCUUACUACCAUGAUCGCUCUCUAAUAAGGGAGUUGUUGCUUUCAGAGAAACUGAAAAAUAAGAAAUGUCUUUGUUUUCAUUGAUUUUAGACCUUUAGACAAGUGUUGAAGCAUGUUGAAUGUUCAUUAGGAUCAAAUUGUGUUAUUCUGCAUUAUCUCUCUCUAUCUCUAUCUCUAUCUCUGUUAGUGUUACAAAAAUAGGAUUUCAAUAUCAGUUUGAAAUUUUUUUACAAAAAAAAUGUAAAAGUGUGAAAACAUUGGAAAAAAUUGCUACUGUUUCAUUUUCUAGGUGCUGGGUGAUGCUAUCGGCACAGUAUGGUGGGAUGUAGCCCAAUGAUUACUUCAUGAUGCUCUUUUGAAAAGAGGUAUUUUUAUCUAAAUUAAAUCAUUCUAUUUUUACCAUUAUUCGGAUCCUUAAAAUGAUCUACGUACUAAUCUGAUCUCUACCCAUAACUCUUUGCUGCAUCACAUGACCCCUUUGAGCCAAUGGUAUCACUCCUAGAGCCCUCCUUUCUAUGUUCAUUUCCUGUAUUUUACAUUAUGACUUAUACUGCAUGUGUUCAGUAAUGUAUUGUAUGUAUUUGAGUAUUCCAGUUCGGUGUAUGUGUUCCUUCAUAUGGUGUUGCUAUGUUAGGGCUGGUGGGAGGAGCUAUAAGA